AAUAUGCUGAUUCAAUCUACAGAAUAAAAGAAAGAUAAAAGCUGUAAAUCGGCGUGCUGCGGUCGUGAUAUUUUUGAGGGCAGUCAAUAUUUUCCACUGUCGAUCCGUCACGAGUCGAUGGUUGUGGCCGCCGGUGGAAGGCGGUUUUGGAGCCGUAUGGUGAGCUCUGGUACUGCGGUGUUGUGUUGUGUGAGUGUUUGUGUCAGUCAGGAUGAGCGUGGAGGUUCCUGCGGGUCUGAGCGAGCUGCUGAAGGGCUACACGCUGGAGGUGCUGAAGCGGAGGCCCGCGGACCUGCUGGAGUUCUCCGUGCAGUACUUCACCCUUCUGAGGGAGCAGCGCAGCUCCACCCGCGCCAGCAGCAGCCGCUCACCGGUGACCCGCGGGGUGGCCUUCGACCAGGACUCCGCGCCCACCGACUCCAGCGAGGAGGAGGAGGAAGAGCAAAGACAAGAAGAAGAAGACGAGGAGGAGAAGGAGGAAGAGCAAAGACAAGAAGAAGAAGACGAGGAGGAGAAGGAGGAAGAGCAAAGACAAGAAGAAGAAGACGAGGAGGAGAAGGAGGAAGAGCAAAGACAAGAAGAUGAUGAGGAGGAGGAGGAGGAAGAUGACUUCCCAGAUGAUUUUACAUUCAAAGCUCCUCCACCCAGUAAAUGCAACAGACGUGUAUCAGUGUGUGCGGAGGCGUAUAACCCUGAUGAAGAUGAAGACGAGGGCAGCGAGUCGAGGGUCGUUCACCCCAAAACUGAUGAGCAGCGUCAGCGUCUACAGGAGGCCUGCAGGGACAUAUUGCUGUUCAAAACCCUUGAGCAGGAUCAGUUCGCUGAGGUGUUAGACAGCAUGUUCGAGGUGCUGGUGAAACCAAACGAGUGCAUCAUCCAUCAGGGAGACGAUGGUGAUAAUUUCUACGUCAUUGAGAGGGGUGUGUUUGAUAUCUUGAUUAAGAAGGAUGGCGUGAGCCGCUGUGUGGGUCGCUAUGAUAAUAAAGGCAGCUUUGGUGAGCUGGCCCUCAUGUACAACACGCCGCGCGCCGCCACCAUCAGGGCCACUCAGGAGGGGGCUCUGUGGGCGCUGGACAGAUCCACUUUCCACAGACUCAUCGUGAAAAAUAACGCGAAGAAGAGGAAGAUGUACGAGAGUUUCAUCGAGAGCGUCCCGCUGCUGAAGUCACUGCAGGUGCGCGAGGCGUCAGUUCAGCUCAUGCUACUUCAUUGGCUUCAAUUAACGGAGCGCAUGAAGAUCGUUGACGUGGUUGGGAUGAAGACGUUCAGCGACGGCGAGCAGAUCAUACGCCAGGGCGAUUCGGCCGACUGCUUCUACGUGGUGGAGUCUGGGGAAGUCAGGAUCAUGAUCAGAAGCAAAACUCAGGCGGGUCAGAGGUCACAGGAGGAGGUGGAGGUCGCGCGCUGCUCCAGGGGUCAGUAUUUCGGUGAGCUGGCGCUGGUCACCAAUAAACCCCGAGCGGCGUCUGUGUACGCGGCAGGAGAGACCAAGUGUUUAGUGAUCGACGUGCAGGCGUUCGAGCGUCUGCUGGGCUCCUGUAAGCAGAUCCUGAAGAGGAACAUCCAGCAGUACGAGCAGCAGCUGCUGGCCAUCUUCGGCUCCAGCGUCGACCUCAAACACUGAAACACACCUCACUUCACAUUCACACAGCACCAGAGACCACAACCAAAACAAUCCACCCGGAAGAUCACACACACGUCACAGCUCAGAAAACUCUCUCCAAACAGAAUUAGAAAACCGUCUGACUU